AAAAAGUAUUUAAUGUAGGGUAUUAGACACUCGAUUCAAUAGAGUCGUGACAUUGAUCAUUGGACGUCCGCCAUAUUCGUCUACAAGCAGCUGAUUGGAAUAUCCGCAACUCCCAAGAAGCAACCAUGCUGACCCCACGAUUCGUCGCCGGUGUGCCCAAGAUUGUCAAGCGUAACAUUGGAAUAGUUGCACCAGCUCUUCAGAAGGCCAGUGAUCCCAUCCAGCAAUUGUUUCUUGACAAAAUUCGGGAGUACAAAUCAAAGAGUGUUGGUGGAAAAAUGGUCGAUCCGACUCCAGAGAUUGAAAAGGAACGUAAAUCUGAACUGGAGAAGCUCGCAGCUCAUUACGGUGGUGGACAAGGUGUUGAUAUGACUUCUUUCCCCACAUUCAAAUUCGAAGAUCCUAAAGUGGUAAUCAGCGCCACCGAAAAGUGAGAUAAUUAUGGUAAAAAUAGUGUAGAAGAUAUGAAAUGACGAAACGUUGGUUUUGUGUCGAUGAUAAAAAAUACCACACUCUUCGACUGUUACUUUUAAGCUGAAUAAAAGAAAAACUCCGUA